GCAUUGCAACAGAAGUGGCAAAAAUUAAAAUCGCGUGUAGCAUACUCGUUGAACAAUAUCAUACUAAAUUCAAAGCCCAUCUAAGGAUCGCACAAGCCGCGCAGCACCCCAGUUCAGUGGUCAGUCAGUGGUGUGAAUAACCGUAUAUCCAGAACCUUAAGUGCAAGCCGAUGCCUACCGCCAUCAAAACGUGUGCGGUAAAACAAGUAAUUUUAAGCGAACCAUUUGAGGACAAACCUCGCCAUAAGACCUCAGCUCUGGUGUGAAAAGUGAUUGGCGCUGUGUACCUUCUAAUUAACCAACGCUCGUUUAGCGCUCUCGGUGGCCAGGCUGAAAAUAGAAGUCACGAUGAGGUCAUUGUCGCUUGUCCUAGCAAUUAUGCUGAGCCUGCUGUUACUAAGCGAGAUGAUCCUAGCCACUCCCGUUCUGCUGGACAAGCUGUUCGGAUUUGCUGCAUACCAGCCGACCUACUCGGGUUACGGUUACGGAGGGAAUCAGUACGGCUAUUAUGGUACCGGCGGUGGAGGCCCCGGUUCCGGUCCGACACAUCGACGAAAACCGAAGGGUCGUUCGUACAAGGACAUCUGCCGGGUGGUGAACCCAACGCAGUACGCUUUGCCCGGUAGUGCCGCUUUUCCGGCGGCGCCGUUCUGUCCGUAUUAGCUGAGGUAUCAUGAAAUCAUAAUUAAAAACAAAAAAAAACUCGUUCCUUUCAAGUGUAAAUCUCACUUUGAUGAUAGUGUUAGAAACGUUAGUCAUAAGCCAGUGAUU